CGGCGCUCUCCCUGAUCCCCGCUCCCCGCUAAGGCCAGCAUGCGGCCCCAGCCUCCCGCCGCCCGGGCUCGGCCCCGGCCCGAGCCCCGGCCCCGGCCUCGGCGCCGGCCCCGCGGGACUCUGUGAGCCUGCGAGAGGCCCCCACCCUGGGUAGCGCCGCGCGUCGCCGAGCCCAGCGGACCGAGAGCCCCAUGGCUGCGCCGCGCACCGCGUCCCCGCGCCGCCCGCCCGAGCUGCGCCGGCCCCGGCUCCUGCUGCCGUUGCUGCCGCUGCUGCUACUGCUGCCGCUGCCCGCACCAAGCCGGGGUCUGGGCCACUCCGCUGAACUGGCAUUUGCUGUGGAGCCAAAUGAUGAUAUUGCAGUCCCUGGACAGCCCAUAGUGCUGGGCUGCAGGGUGGAGGGGACCCCUCCAGUGCAGGUCUCCUGGAGGAAGAAUGGAGCAGAGCUGCCUGAGGGCACCCACUCUACCCUCCUGGCCAAUGGGUCCUUGCUGAUCCACUGCUUCAGGCUGGGCCACGAAGGUGGCCCUUCAGACGAGGGGGACUAUGAGUGCGUGGCUCAGAACCGCUUUGGGCUGCUGGUCAGUCGGAAGGCCCGUAUCCAGGCUGCAACCAUGUCAGACUUCCACGUGCACCCCCAGGCCACCAUGGGUGAGGAGGGUGGUGUAGCCCGCUUCCAGUGCCAAAUCCAUGGGCUUCCCAAGCCCCUGAUCACGUGGGAGAAGAACAGAGUUCCCAUUGACACGGACGAUGAGAGGUACACAUUACUGCCCAAGGGGGUCUUGCAGAUAACAGGACUUCGGACUGAAGACAGUGGUGUCUUCCACUGUGUGGCCUCAAACAUUGCCAGUGUGCGGGUCAGCCACGGGGCCAGGCUUACUGUAUCAGGCUCAGGCUCCGGGGUCUACAAGGAGCCCACCAUCCUGGUGGGGCCUGAGAACCUCACCCUGACAGUGCACCAGACUGCGGUGCUGGAGUGUGUCGCCACGGGCAACCCGCGCCCCAUUGUGUCCUGGAGCCGCCUGGAUGGUCGCCCCAUUGGUGUGGAGGGCAUCCAGGUGCUGGGUACAGGAAACCUCAUCAUCUCAGAUGUGACCGUCCAGCACUCAGGUGUCUAUGUCUGUGCGGCCAACAGGCCUGGCACUCGGGUGAGGAGGACAGCCCAGGGCCGGCUGGUGGUUCAAGCCCCAGCAGAGUUUGUCCAGCAUCCCCAGUCCAUCUCCAGGCCGGCUGGAACCACGGCCAUGUUCACCUGCCAAGCUCAAGGUGAACCACCCCCUCAUGUCACAUGGUUGAAGAAUGGUCAAGUGCUGGGGCCGGGAGGCCACGUCAGGCUCAAGAACAACAACAGCACACUGAGCAUCUCUGGAGUUGGUCCUGAAGAUGAGGCCAUCUACCAAUGUGUGGCUGAGAACAUUGCUGGUUCAUCCCAAGCCAGCGCCAGGCUGACCGUGCUGUGGGCUGAGGGUUUGCCAGGCCCCCCACGCAAUGUUCGUGCUGUCUCUGUGUCCUCCACCGAGGUUCAAGUAUCUUGGAGUGAGCCUCUUGCCCACACCAAGGAGAUCAUCGGCUAUGUCUUGCACAUCAGGAAGGCUGCUGACUCUCCCAAGCUGGAGUAUCAGGAAGCAGUUAGCAAGAGCACCUUCCAGCACCUGGUCAGAGAUCUCGAGCCCUCCACAGCCUACAGCUUCUAUAUCAAGGCCUACACACCAAGGGGGGCCAGUUUAGCCUCUGUCCCCACCCUGGCCAGCACCCUGGGGGAAGCCCCCCUCCCGCCCCCGCUAUCGGUGCGGUUGCUGGGCAGCUCCUCUCUGCAACUUCUGUGGAAGCCUUGGCCACGCCUGGUCCAACACAACGGGGGCUUCAAGCUGUUUUACCGCCCGGUCAGCGCAGCCUCCUUCACUGGCCCCAUCUUGCUCCCUGGGACUGUCUCCUCUUACAACCUCAGCCAGCUUGACCCCAGUACUGUGUAUGAGGUGAAACUCCUCGCCUACAACCAGCAUGGAGACGGGAACGCCACCGUCCGCUUCGUGUCUUUGAAGGGAGCCUCUGAGAGGACAGGCAUUGUCAUCGGCAUCCACAUCGGAGUCACCUGCAUCGUCUUCUGUAUCCUCUUCCUCCUGUUUGGCCAGAGGGGCAGGGUCCUCCUGUGUAAGGAUGUGGAAAACCAGCUCUCCCCUCCUCAGGGUCCCCGGAGUCAGAGGGACCCUGGUAUCCUGUCCCUGAAUGGAAUGAGCCGAGGAGAGGGGGCGCAGCUCGGCCGAGAUGAGAAGCAUAUGGGUGCCAAGGAGCUGGAGCAGUUGUUCCCUGCAGCUGGACCAGCUGGGCAGCCAGGCUCCAGGCCCUCUGAUUCUGCAGCCCCUCCUCUGUGUGGGGAGACCCAGCUCUCCAUGGUGCAGCUUCAAGGCUUCAGCCUUCUGGCAGGAAGGACAGCAGAGGCCAAGUCCUCCUUUGCAGGGCCUGGACCUGCCUCAGAUCCCCAGGAUGUAGGCCUCCUCAGUGAAGGACAGGACGCCCAGCCUCCAGCAGUGCAGGCUUCCUUGUGAGCCAGCGUUUGAUGUGUUCCGGAGGGGCAGUGCCCCAUUCUCAGGUUGAAGGCAAGGUUUUUCCUGCUCCGUGGGACUUGAGUGGUUCUAGAAGCUCGCCAGUGCUUCUAGUUUAACUGAAGGGCAGGGUUCUCAAACCACAGGAGCCAGUGGGUCCUACAGGAAGGCAUCUCCCCUGCUAGAGCUAAUGUCCCUUCACCAAUGCCUGCUGCCCACAAGAGUUCUAAUGAAACAAAGUUUUCCUUUAAAAAUCAAAAUUUGAAAGUCAAAAAAGAGAAAGAAGAGAGAGAGGAAGUAAACUGUGCUGCCAACAAUAUGUCCCUGCUGCAGCCUGGCCCUGAUGCCCUCGCCCUGUACCAAUCUUGUUUUCUCAGGAUGGACUCUCAGCACCUACCUCAGCCGGAAUGAAUGUCCUUGGGAGUAGCGGGGCAAUAGCCUCAGCCCCCUGCCCCACAGAGCCCGAAUGCACUCCUACCUCAAGCCCCCUUUUGGGUACCUCUCCCACCCCAUAUUCUUGCCCUGAGAGUAAAAGAAAAAGGAGAAAAAAUAAGAAAAAAAAAGAAAGAAAAAAACAAAACAAAAAAACACUAUCCCAACUCUAAGUGUGAAAGAAACUGUCUACCUCAAGCCUCAAGGCCCUCGGUGUGGGCCUGUGUUGUCACUGGGCCCUCCUAAGCCUCCCUCUUCCCCCAGCCUUGCCUGCCUCUGCCCCAACAGAGGAGUCUGUGGCUAAGUAACCAUGGGGUUUACAGAAAUAGAGAUGAAAUUGGCCAGAGAGAAAAUGUGAAACAAGCCAAAUCAAGAGGAAAAUUGUUCCUUGAAGUAUAAAUUGUUGUCCCAAACUGGUCACCUCCUGGCAUACCAAACCUGUCCUCCAUCCCCCGUGUCUGUCCACCCCUGCUCUGAUCUUCUCAGACAACCCACUGGCCAUUGGGAUCCCUCUGAUCCCUCCCUGCCUGGCACUGGGGAAGGUAGGACAUAACCUGGAGGCUGUCCCCUGUCCUGCCCAGACAUGGGGCCCAGUCCCUAGAAUGUACUGCAUUACUUGGAGUGGGUACACCCCAACAGAGGCACCCCAGCUUUCUGUAUUACGGGACCCAGGUAACCUGACCUACGCAGUCAGCAGGGGUGGCCAGGAGUUAUUUUUGUAUGAGGUGUGUUUACGUUUUAUUUCUCUUUUCUGUUGUGUUGUUCUUUGAGCUACUUAGGUUAAAAAGAAGAAAAAGAAGAAAGAAAGAAAUACCUAUUUUUGGUUACACUCAGAAACAUUUUUUUAAAUAGCAGAAGGAAAACUUUUUUUUAAAGAAAAAAAGGGGGGAUAAAUGUAUUCCUUAAAAAUGAGGUUAGAACAUAAAGUCCCUGACCCCAGAUCCUCUAGGGACUGCCCACCCUGAACUUUAGAUAUUAGCUGAUAAAGGUAGAAUUCGUGGCGUUUUAUAGAAAACUAGAGUCUUGUCCAAGUGAACUUGGGAAGGGCAGUUUGUCCCUUCUCCCAGAUGGUAGGUGGAUUCCAGGGCUCCUCCCACUCCUUUGGUCAGAGGGGCUGUGGGGAGAUGGGACUGGC